CCUCGCCCCGCGCAUGCGCGGCCCGCGGCGCUUCCCGCGCUGCGCGGCCCCUCAGCGCCGCCCGCCAUGUUCGCGGAGCUGAACGAGCUGCUCGGGGCCUCCCCGGAGCGCCCGGACGCGGGUACGUUCACACUGCUGCGCGACACCCGGACGGACGGCAGCUUCCUGGUGCACCACUUCCUCUCCUUCUACCUCAGAGCUGGCUGCAAGGUUUGCUUCGUGGCCCUGCUGCAGUCCUUCAGCCACUACAGCAUCGUGGCACAGAAACUGGGAGUCAGUCUGGCAGCUGCCAAGGAGCGGGGACAGCUUGUCUUCCUGGAGGGCCUCAAGUCCUGCCUUGACCUCCUGUUUGGGGAGGAGGAGCAGCCAGAGCAGCCCAGUCCUCUGCAGUUUCUGAGCGGGAGCGCCUGUGACCUGCGGGCCCUGUUUGAGUUUGUGCAGGCGUCCCUGGCUGCCGCUGGCGGUGACUGCGGCCAGGGCCCCGUGCUGCUGGUGGAUGAUCUCAGCGUGCUGCUCAGCCUGGGGGCUGCUCCCGUGGCCGUGCUCGACUUCAUCCACUACUGCCGCGUGUCCGUGUGCUGCCAGCUGAAGGGGAACGUCGUGGUGCUGGUUCACAGCAACGAGGAUUCGGAAGAUGAAGAGAAUGAACUGGUGGUGAACUCCCUGUGUCAUCACAGCGACCUCAUCCUGUGGGCAGAGGGGCUGGCCACUGGCUUCUGCAAGGAUGUUCAUGGGCAGAUCAAGAUAAUCAAGAGAUUGUCCUUGCGGCGGGCGGCGGAGCAGGACCUGGUCCAGAUCUACCAGUACAAGAUCCAGGACAGGAACGUCACCUUUUUUGCACCAGGACUUUCAGCCGCAGUCCUGUGACACUGCGAUAGUGCAGAGCCUGGGAAUGUCAGUCCCUGCCUCUGCAAAAGCACCACCAGCACCCUUCAGGAGCAGCGCAGCACCCUGACCUGGGAGCAGAGCUCAGACACCCCUGGGAGCGGUGCCAGCGUGGGAUCAGCCUGCCUGGAGCCUGCCGCAUCCCUCUGUCCUCCCACCCCAUUCCCAACACAAUGGGGCCAAGAAAGGGAGCAGGAACAUGCAGGAAUGGCCCUUGGAGCGUGUGAAUGCAGGCAGGGUGCCCCGCGGGCUGGGCGUGCCUCACCUUUUCCGGUGUGCUGGGCACAGCUGGCAGUGCCAGGCACGGCACGGAGGGAGCCGGCCCUCCCUGCCGCCGGCACGGGGGGAUGACACACUGCGGGUGGGGCAGGGAUGGUCUGGCAGCCUGGCGCAAUCCUCGCUGCCAGGCUUGCACAACUCCAGCUUCCAUGCACAGGUAAAUCCACAGCUCUGCGUGUAGCCCCUCGCCUGGCUGUGCUGGGACCUGGGCGCUGCCGGGGAGUAUCCCUGCAGCUCCCCAAGCUCAUCCUGGGCUUUGUGGUUGAUAAACCCCUCUGUGAGCCUGUCCCAGCCACUGCUUCCUCAUCCCAAACCCUGAUGAGCAGUUACAUGGACUGCCCGUGCUGAAGCAUUUUUUAAAUCAUAAUCCAUAAUUUUAGUGAGGCAAGGCACAGUGAUUAAGUAACCGCAGAUCUCUGGGUGGGAACUGCUCCCCCCUGCUCCUUGGCAGGGAGCAGGAAUGGGCAUUUCCCAGGCCUGCAUGAGGAGAUGCCACAAGGGCAGUCCUGGGAGCAGAGCUCCGGCCUGCAGCUCUCCUGGUAGAUGCUCCUGCUGAGAUAUCCCAUUUAUCCUGGGAGAGAAAACCAUUCCAUACACUUGGGAGAGUUUAGAGUAACCUGCCAGGUCCUUGCAGCUCCAGAGCUGGGAUAGCAGCUGGCAGUGGGACACAUUGCUGAUUUUCCAUGUAGACUCAGUGACCCAUCCCAUGCUGGUUUGGGAAUGUGCCCUUUGCUGUAGAGUUGUGGGAGCUCUGGCAUGCCCAGGGCUGUGGCUGCUGAUCAGUGGCAGCCCCGGGAAGCCAGGCGGGCUCCAGGGUUUGUGGCAGGGCCACCAGGAGGCCACAUGUGUGCUGUAGGAUCCCUCGUCCCUGCUGUCACCUGCGUCUCUCUGUGCUCUGCUGUGGAAGUGGCAGUGCCCAGUGGCACUGCUGCUGUCCCGUGUGGUGGCAGUGCCCGGGGUCGAGGCACUGUCACAGUCUGCAGAGGGAGGAUGGGAGGACCAGCUGCUGCUGGCACUGCAGCUGCAAUGGUGUAGAAGGGUGUUUAAUUGGAGUAAUGUCUGUAUGAUUAUCCAUGGAGAGAUCCCAGAGCCUGGCUUCCAGCUCUGCCUCCCUCCUGAAACCAGCGGGGUCGCUAUGUGACAUCACUGUGCGAGAUCAUCGCUGUGGCAUAAUCACUGUGUGACAUCA